CCGCCGUGACGUCCACCAGCUGUUCUCCGAUGUUCGUGUCCUCAGUGGGGCUCAGGAGGACUGAGACGUCCAACACCAAUUCUGACGGACGAUAAACAAAUAUUAAAGGGGCACCAUGGAUGAACAGGAGCAGUUUGUGAACAUUGAUCUGAAUGAUGACAACAUCUGCAGUGUCUGCAAACUGGAGACGGAAACAGGAACUUUGUCCUUUUGCCAUGUCUGCUUUGACCUCAGUAUUGAAGGUGUCUCACCCACCACCUUGCUGCACUCAAAGUCGCUGCGCGGCCACAGAGACUGCUUUGAGAAAUGCCACCUCAUUGCCAACCAGAAGUUAUCACGUUCCAAGGUCUCACGAAGUGCCUACGAGGGCAUGAAGCUGGCCCUCAGUCAGAAACUGAACCGAAUCAUCCAGUAUGCGCAGAACAAAGACUCCAUCUCCUCCAGACGGGGGGGCAAACUUCUCUGUUACAGCCAGCAGAGUGAUUGCAAGCUGCUGCCCCAGUCAGACCCCCAGGUGCCCCGAUACACGCCCUGCUGGGACAAGGGCAGAGCUAUGGAGCAGCCUGAUUACGCCAUGGGAAUGCUGGAGUGCCACACGGAGGAGGAGCUGCAGCUGAUGCAGGAGUCCCAGGGUGACGUUUGGACCUGUAAUGGCAGGAAAGGUCGGCACAACCGGACUCAAUCGUCUAGUGGAGAGCAGAUACCAUACAGACACCAAGGCCCCAGUAGAGAAGAAUUGAGUAAAAUGAGUAUAGAUGAGCUCCAUCAGUUGAACGCCCAGCUACUGGUGCAGAUUCAAAAGGUCUUUGAGGAGCUGACUGUUGCAGUACAAGAGAAAGACUCUUUAGCGUCAGAGCUGCACGUGCGCCACGUUGCCAUUGAGCAGCUUUUCAAGAACUGCGCUAAGCUGCCGUGGCUGCACAUUAGCCGUGCUAGUGUUAAAACCAACAGCAGGAACAGCAGCCCUAUGGAGUGACGCGCUGACAGAGUGGGAGGCAGCAAGGCCAGGCGUCUAGGAAGAAGGUGACAAACACUGACCACACUGGCUGCAGUGGCUGAGACAGUUGUGUUUUCAAUGACCUACGACACUGCAGUGAUGUGGAGCUCUUAGCUUUGCAUUAGAGAUGUGUUGAAGGCUGAGAUCGUGUGGUUGAGGUGAUAUUUAACGAGCAUUUGCUAUUGAAAUCAAAUGACUUGUGAGAUGGGCUGGAGGCUGAGUUUUGUGCCUCUGUUUUAUAACAAGGACUUCCUCUGGAAUUGAUCAGUCUGUGUCAAAUACACCACAGAUGGGGUCCUCUGGAUCUUCCUGAUGCAACAUGAGGAAGUGUUUUUGCUGGACAUGCUGCCUAUAUACAAACAAUUUUAUUCUUGAAAUAUAUCUAUUCAGAUGUGUAAUGCAAGUUGAAAGGGGUUUGUUUGCCUCCUUCUUUUCCCCUUGAUGUUUUUCUUUAGUUUUACUGUCAUUUUUAUGUGUAGAUUCAAAUGUGGGUUUUUUCUUCUCCUUUGUUCGUGUAGCUUAUGGUUUUCUGUAGAGAAUUAUUCUCUAUGUGAAGCUGCAACAUUUUAUCUUAUGUCUGUGGUAAACACUUGAUGCAGGUGGUGUCAGGUCAGACUCUGGUGUCUUAGGUCCAAUUCUGUCCAUCUGUAGCACACGGCCUAACAAGCACAGUGCAAGCGUCAAUCUUUCCACAAAGUAAGGUGCAGUGUUAGUUCAUGUUACGCCCAACACGCUCCCAUUUUUAUCGAAGAGAAUGUCUUGGUAAUUAGCACUAUUGCCUCACAGCAAGAAGGUUUUGGGUUCCAAUUAGUCUUGGUCCUGGUUAUACAAAAGGGUUGCAUUUAUUCAUUCAUUUUCUGAACCUGCCGAUUCCAGUUAACGGUCACGGGGCUGGAGCUUAUCCCAGCAGUCAUUGGGUGAAAGGUGGAGUACACCUUGGAAAGGCUGCCAGUGUAUGGCCCAGCCAGCACAUGGUGACAGACAAGCUCAUUCACACUCGCAGUCAGUUUUAGAGUUUACAAUCACACCUGCUAACUUCGUCUGCAUUUUUUGUACCAGACAUACAUUUUUACAUUGAUGAAGUAUACAAAAAAAAAAGAACAAAGCUCCAGCAAAUUAUUGACCACUUGUGCUAUGCCUGCCGAAAAGCAAAAGUAGAAGACUCCAACCAAUCACGGCGCCAUAUUUUAUCCCCACAGCUAGUGUGCCAGCAAGCCAUGUCCAGCAGAGACCGCUAGCAGUGGCAGCUAGCUGUUGUGGACCAGAUGUGUGUUCUUUCUGAGCAUUUAUUUCAAACAUCUGAGAUAAUAAAGCUUGUUUUUCAGUUAAUUGUACUAAUGGACCAUUUAAGAAGACUGUGAUCCAGUAUUGCUGGUGAGCGAGCAUUUUGUUAAUUAAUUUGUAUAAUCGUACCGUUAGCACUGUUAGCAGGUAUUAGUAGCUUGUUGAUGUUAGCGCCACUGUUACUGAGGCAGUAAGCUGGUCAUAAUUUUUAAUACCGCAGCCAUGAAAGCCACCACCCUUAAUAGAACACCCAAACACACCUUAUGCUGUUAGCUUUAGCUUGUUUGUUGCCUCACAGCAAGAAGGUCCAAGGUUUCUUCUGAGCUGGUUCUUUCUGUGUGGAGUUUGCAUGUUCACCCAGUUUUUGCGUGGGUUCACUCUGGGUGUUCCGGCUUUCUUCCACUUCAAAACCGAAAUGAAGGAGGGUCUUAGAAAAGCCAAGUCUCCCCCUUACGAGGCUUCAGAAUGUAAGUGCAACUAAAACAUGAACUCUUUUAGUGUUAGUGAAGUAAGACUUGGUGAAACAAACUGAACAUCCUAGAAGUAAGACAGAAAGUGUAAAAAUGAUGAAAGAAUCAUCUGGGUUUUUUUAAGAUGUAAAACUUAUGUAAUUUAUUUUGUUGAAAGUAGUUUAUGUGAAUUUCACAUCAGUUUACUUUAUAUUAAGCUACUGCAAACAGCUUACUUCAUUUUCAGGUGCACUCUGAGUCAGAAAUGAGGUUUUCCUUCAGGGUCACACUUAUAGUCACAAUUUCAUUCUGUAAACCUGUUUUGACAGGGUUUUGCCAGCGCUACUGUAAGCGGUUAAGGUACAUGGUUAAGGUAGACAGGUUUCUGACUAUAAAUUGGCUAUUAAAUAUGCAUUAUUAUUAUGUUUUUCAACCACACACCCAAUUCAACUAACUUGCAUGGCUUUGGAUGUGGUAGGAAGCUGAUGCAUUGAGAGGGAACCCACACAAACAUGAGGAGAACAUGCAAACUCCACACAGAAAAGUCCAGCUCAAAUUCAAACCCAGGACUUCUUGCUGUGAGGCAUCAGGGCCAACCACUGUGGUGCCAUGCUGCCCCAGUCAUAUUCAGUCCCUUAAUUGAAAACUAGGUGCGCUUAGGGCGUGACUUGAAUUACACCAAUCAAAUUAGCUUUUAAAAGCGGGUACAUUUGAGACUGAUGUGUUGCAGGUUAGAUGGUGGGCUGAAGUGAGAGGUUUUCUGGCAAGGUAAAAAGAUCUAAGUAUGUGUAAAAUGACAAAUCCUGUGAAUGGCUUGUAUACGAGAGAAGCCAGCAUCGGGUGAAGCAGCGACAUCCCUUGUUUGUGCAACACCUCCUCUGUAUCUGUCUCCAUCUAUCUGAUCUCAUGCUUAUCAGAUGCAGAAAGCCAAAUAUUCAGUAUCUGAAUAUUGGCAUUUUAUUGAAUAUUGAUCUCUUCAGCAAUCAUUUUUUGCUGCCUCAUUUUAGCAGUGCACUUACACUGCACCUGACCACACCCCAUUUUAACACCAACACACCUGGGGUGUGCAGAUGAGUGCAAGUACAUUUAAAAUAAUAGUACUGAUUGUGAGCUAUCGCAGGGAGCUUGAUCAAUUCUUAGAUGUAUCACAAUGUGAACGUGGAUGAUUCUGAUUAAUCAAAUGUCAAUUGAUUUGCCAUACAGCUUCAUUACGUCGCCUCUCUUUAUAAAAGCUGGAGGAGACUGUGCGUGGUGCAGGUGUUACGUUUCGCCCCUUGAAGAAACAGAAAACCCACAUGUUUUUUGAUUCCAUAAAGACACACCACAGGACCAGAAGCAGUAACAAGUUCUUCCUACAUCUGAACACAGUUUUUAACUUAAAAAUCUGAAAAACUAACAAAUCACGUAUGGGAUGAAGCGCUUGUUUGCACCACAAAAUAAAAUCUCUUCUAUUAUCCUUAUCCCCAGUAAGCAUGUUAAAGGCUCAGCUAACGGCUACGAUGAAAGCAGACACAUUAUGUUGUUUCGUGAAGGGCUAAGAAUUAUCCACAUAGAUUAUUUGCUGAGUAUCAUGGCUGAUCACCAAAAAUCAGCUCCUCUACUUUUUCACUUUAAUGUGUGUUGUUGCACAUCAUGGUGGAGUGCACAUGUGUGCAAUUUGUCCUGCUGAAUCCAGAGUGUAGUUAGAAGGAAAACACACAUGCACAAGAUGAGAACAGAUGCCAAAUGCCAUGUUUUCUGUAGUUUAAAGUAUCAGCAAAUCAGCAGUGUCACAAAGUGCAUUAAUGCAGCACAGCCAGUGUGCAUGCACAUCGUGACGAGGUGCACAUUAAGGCAGGAAGAAGCUGCAGAUGUGAGCGUGACUUUUAGUUAUUUUUUUGGCUGGAAUGGUAAUAAUCCAAACAGGGAGUCAGUCUGAACCCACACUUACACAGGUGCUGUUAGCAAGGGAGCUGGGGGUUAUAGAAUUUAGAAUCGGUGUGUAAGAGCCACAUGGGUGCAAAUAUGGCUGAGCUAUUAAAGAAUAUAUUGAAAUCCAUUCAUUAUGGAUUUUUUAAAUUUAAUUUAUAUAGCACCAAAUCACAACAAAGUUGCCUCAAGGUGCUUCACACUAGUAAGAACAAAAGAACAAGAAGAGAACAAUCUCAUGAAGAAGAACAAAAGAAAUACUAAGGUGAUCGCCGGCCACUAGCCCUAAGUUUCACUAACAGACCCAGAAUUUAGAUAAAGUUGAGGCCGCAGCACACUCUGUUUACUGAUAAAAUGAAUUUAA